AGGCUUAACCUCUAUAGCCUUAAAGGGAAAAAAAAAUUGCUUGUCCCACAACAUAGGGGAGAAGUCCAGUAAACCAUAAGUCAAAAAAUGCUGACUAAAUGGUAAGGGAAAAUAAAGCUGAGAAAGGGCAUAUGAAAUAUGAAGAAGAACUUUAGGUAGUGUGGUUUUUCAGAAGAGUGAUGUUUGGAUCAAGACCUGAAGGAAAUGAGGGAGGUAUUCUUUAGACAAUCUGGAGGAAGACCAUUCCAAGCAGGAAGAAUUACAAAUAACAAAGGACUUAUGGUAAAACAGUAUGUAGUGCAUCUCUAGGACAGUGAGAGCAUAGUAGGAGAUGACAUCAAAGAGGUAAGCAGAGCUAAGUCAUAAAGAACUUCACGGGUAAUUGAUGAGCAGUGUGGCAUGAUCUCAUGUCAAGAGGAUCCCUCUGGCCACUGGGUUUUGAAAAUAGAUUUGAGUCAUAGUGAGACUACAAGGAUCAUCUACGGCUCAGCUUCAGAAACUGAGGGGUGAGACGCCAGGCAGGGUUGUGUAACUAAAUGUGGGGGUUGGCAAAAAUUUUGUCAACAGUAAAACAUUCCGGGACAAAACAUUGAUUCCAAAUCAAAUGUAUUGAAUCCAGAGUAUUUCUGGCAGUACUCACCGGCACUGCAGCAAGUGAUGUCACUGCAGCUUUGACUCUGAACACAAAAUAUGUAUUUUCUAUUGUAUAUGGUGUCACUCAUCAACACUAGUGAAUGCUACCUGAAACACCUCAGCUUGAAUUCUACAGGAUUUGAUGUUAAGAGUGGCAGUACUUAUAUAAGAUUUUCUACACUUAUGGAAACAUAACGUGGUGGAUUAAUUAUGGAAACAAAGGCUUUUAAUAUUUUUCCACCACCAUUCCUCAGCAUGGUGUCAGUCGCAGGAGCGCCUCCAGCGGCGAGCACGUUUGGUGGCGCGGAGUACGGGAAGAAGGCAGGAUCGUCUCCUAGCAACGGGGUUGCAGCGACGUCACCGUGGCGGGUUCUUAGCGCUGAGGCAAGGUGGAACCGUCAGAGCGCCUUCCAGCCUCUGUGUCAGACGUGGUCCUCCACCUUGCGCUGCCGGUCCUGCCCUAACUGGUCCCGAGCUACCUUACGGGAGUUUUCGUCUGUGCGGCCCGCCGGCCUGGGCCUUGGCCUUGGCGGGACGAUGCUGGAGUCUAUUCGAGUAACGGAAAAGCUUCACUGGCCUGAGCAUGAACUUGCUAAGAAGUUUGUUCUAAAUGCAGAAGAGGCACUGAUCAUUGACAGCAAAAGAAGCUUUUCGAAUUUGUCCUCUGGAGUUCUCAAGGACACUUUCACAACUGGAACCAGUAGUUACAAUGUUCUACUACAGAGCAAGGAGGAGAAAAAGCACCAUUCACAAAAGCGGUUUUCCUCUGCCUGCUCCAAACAACAUAGAAAGCCCGGCAAAUCUCCUAGUUCCUCUCAUAGCAAAGAUCCUAACAGGAUGACAGCCCUGGUGCCUGUGACCAGCACUGGUACUUGGUACUGCCUGGACAGGCAGUCAGCUGUUUUUGUCACUAGUUCAGUGCCAAGUCCUGUAAAGUUUACCCGUGAUAUCUCUGUUACAGGAAGCGGCCUAGCACUGCCACCUAAACCAAAAAGCAAGUUCAAACGACGCAAUUUGACCCCGCUUCCAAAGCCAAAGCAGCAGCCUCAGCUGUGGAGAAGCUUUGAGAGAGGAGAUGACCUUUCUGGGAAGAAGCUUUGUAUAUUAACCGCUAUAAAGCCCGUCAACCUGGAGAAAGAAAAGCUGCGGUUCUUCAAGUCGGACUAUACUUACAACCCUCAGUUUGAGUAUGCCAAUCCCACUCUGCCAGGUGUGUUAGCCAAACACAGCAACGCCUCUAACCGGUUUCUUAAGCAGUCCAUCAAUAUUAUGGAGCUGACUUUACAGAAAUAUGGAAGCUAUGAAAAAUUUGAACAAGCUACUGGUGGUAGCUUGUUGUCUAAAACUCGAAUCUGGAGUCACGUUAGAAAGUACAUGGAGAAGGAAGGCUGCCUGGGAGAGAUUGUAGUUCAUCUCACCGAAGACCUGCUUUCCAGGGCAUCCAUGACAGUGGUAAACGGAUGCCCAACUCUAACCAUCAAUAUUUCUACUGCACGAGAGCAUUGGCUGGAGGGCAUGCUGAGGCACGAGAUAGGCACACAUUACUUUCGGGGUAUUAACAACCUUCAGCAACCAUGGAACAGUUGGAUUGGCCGCAAAAAGCAUGAGCUAAAGCCAAACAAUCCUACGGAAGAAGGACUGGCAAGCAUUCAUAGUGUCCUGUUCAGAAAAGACCCCUUCUUGUGGAGGGCUGCUCUCCUGUACUACACUGUGUAUCAAGCCAGCAAAAUGUCUUUUUGUGAACUCUUCAAAGAUAUUGGCAAGUUUGUUAAGGACCCUAAUACAAGAUGGGACUAUUGUGUAAGAGCCAAGAGGGGAUGGACUGAUACUUCCCAGCCAGGGUGUUUCAGUAAAGACCAGGUGUACUUGGAUGGAAUCCUUAAAAUCCUUCGCUUCAGAGAGUCCAUAGACUUUUAUCUGCUGACUGCCCUGGGCAAGGUAUCUUACGAAGAUGUGGAUCGAUUAAAGGAAUUGGCAGUUACUGAAAACAUGCGAGUCCCGCAUUUCCUUCAUGAUCAUGGCCGGUACAUGGAGCACUUAGAGAAGAUCAUGGAGGUGAACGAGCUGACAGAUGCUGAGCUGAAAAACCUCAUC